AUAUCCACCGAUACAUUCAGACAACCACAAGCUCCGGAUACUUCCAGUCACAGAGUUUAUAGCAUCUCCAUUUUUUUACGAAAGAUCAACGGUUCAGAUUCCUCCACGUCACCACCGGACUCCAGCUGCCUUUUUUUCCUUCUCUCUUCAGCUGCCUUCUUCUGCCCCCUUCGGCGAAUCUUCGCCGUAAAAAAGUCCAGUUCCAAAACCUUCUUCUUCUUCGGCAUCCAUCUCAGUUUCCGUCUCUGUCGCUUUCGCCGGGGAAGGAUAAAUUCGACCGAUCUGUCGACGGAGAAAAGGAGUUUCCGCCGUUUCGACGCCUCGUGCAAUUCACCAUAGAUCUAGCGAAGCAUACCCCGCAGAUUCUCUCAACGCUUUGAUCGGCGAAAGAGUGGUGCAUCGGAGAUGGCGCCGAGCAUGCGGAAAGCGAUCGGAGCGGUGAAGGAUCAGACGAGCAUCGGAAUCGCCAAAGUGGCGAGCAACAUGGCUCCGGAUCUGGAAGUCGCGAUCGUGAAAGCGACGAGCCACGACGACGAUCCAGCGAGUGAGAAGUACAUCCGCGAGAUCCUCAACCUCACCUCCAUGUCGCGCGGCUACGUCCAUGCCUGUGUCACCGCAGUCUCACGGCGAUUGGGAAAGACCCGCGACUGGGUCGUCGCCCUCAAGGCCCUCAUGCUCGUUCACCGCCUCCUCAACGAGGGAGAUCCUCUGUUACAGGAGGAGAUCCUCUAUGCCACCAGACGGGGUACGAGGAUGCUUAACUUUUCUGAUUUCCGCGAUGAGGCGCAUUCGAGUUCCUGGGAUCACUCGGCUUUUGUCAGGACUUAUGCUAGUUACUUGGAUCAGAGGCUUUGAUUGUUUCUUUUUGAAAGAAAGAGUGGAGGGUCAGUAAAUAAUGGCGGUAGUAGUAGCCGCCAUAGUAAUGGGGAUGAUAGAUUUGAUCGGGGUAGGGAUGAUUUCAGGUCGCCACCUCCCAGAUCUUAUGAUUAUGAGUCUGGGGACUUUAGGGGUGAUAAUGGAUAUGGUGGUAGCAGUUAUGGUGUGCCUAGGAGAACUCGGUCUUAUGGAGAUAUGAGUGAGAUGGGCGGAGGGAGAGAUGAGAAGAAAGCGUCGGCUACACCUCUGAGGGAAAUGAUGCCGGAGAGGAUUUUUGGAAAGAUGGGUCACUUGCAAAGGCUGCUUGAUCGUUUCUUGUCAUGUAGACCUACAGGUUUAGCGAAGAACAGCAGAAUGAUCUUGAUUGCACUGUAUCCGGUUGUGAGGGAGAGUUUUAGGCUAUAUGCUGAUAUCUGUGAGGUUUUGGCUGUUUUGCUUGAUAAAUUUUUCGAUAUGGAGUACACAGAUUCUGUCAAGGCAUUCGAUGCUUAUGCCAGUUCAGCGAAACAAAUUGAUGAGCUCAUUCUGUUUUAUAAUUGGUGCAAGGACGCGGGUGUGGCGAGAUCAUCUGAGUACCCGGAAGUUCAGAGGAUUACAGGCAAGUUAUUGGAGACAUUAGAAGAGUUUGUGAGAGAUAGAGCUAAGAGGCUCAAGAGUCCGGAGAGGAAGGAAAUAGAAGCUCCUCCUCCACCUCCUCAAGAGGAGGAGCCAGUGCCUGAUAUGAACGAGAUCAAAGCCCUUCCUCCUCCAGAGGAUUACACUCCGCCACCACCUGUUCCAGAGCCUGAACCUCAAAAACCACAAGUCACGGAUGAUUUAGUUAACUUGAGGGAUGACAACAUUUCCGCUGAUGACCAAGGAAACGAGUUGGCGCUGGCCCUCUUUGGGGGUCCACCGGGCAGUGAUGGUAAAUGGGAAGCUUUCAAUUCACAUGGAGACAAUAAUAUGACUUCGGCUUGGCAGAACCCCGCAGCUGAACCUGGGAAGGCGGAUUGGGAGCUAGCCCUGGUUGAAACCGCUAGUAAUCUGGAGAAACAGAAAGCUGCAUUGGGUGGUGGCUUUGACCCAUUGUUGCUGAAUGGAAUGUAUGAUCAAGGAAUGGUUAGGCAACACAUGAGCACCACACAACUGACCGGUGGCAGCACUAGCAGCGUGGCUCUACCCUUACCAGGCAAAACCAACAAUCAAGUAUUGGCACUCCCUGCCCCCGAUGGAACCAUCCAGAAAGUCAACGAAGACCCGUUCGCAGCUUCUCUUGUCAUCCCACCGCCUUCAUAUGUGCAAAUGGCGGAAAUGGAGAAAAAGCAGCGCUUGUUGGUGCAGGAGCAACAACUAUGGAAUCAAUACCAGCUCGAUGGAAUGAGAGGUCAGACUAGUCUGGCCAAGAUCAGCACGGGUCCAGUCCCUGCCGUCAUGCCUUAUGGAAUGCCACCGGUCUAUGGAAUUGGAUCACAACCAACCGGGUACUACUACAACAACCCUUACUGAUUCAUUCAUUUUGCUUGGUCUUAUCUGUUUGUCACUAUGUAUUUGUACAUGAUCUAUUCAGUCUCUGUUAUAUAUAUAUAUAUAUCUUCGUUUCUCCUUUGUAUUUCCGAUUGUGGAAGAGAUACAUUCUCGAUUCCUCUCGAAGUUGUGAACUUUGCCCUCUUUUGAGUUUAAUAGGUUAUGUAGCCAUUGGGAAUUUUGAAGCCUCCUUGAACACUAGAUUCAUCAUAUCCUCUUUUGAUAUUUUACCUGCUGGCUUUGUUGCAAGUCUUUUCGUCAGGUUUGCAGCCCUAAAAACUUGUUUUUGGGGGUUUAGGGUUUUGUUGGGAUGUCCAAAUCAGACAGGUGAUCAGCAGUUGGUAUUUCUAAUUGCUGUUUUUUGAAGCUAUUAGUCAGGAGAAAAAAACCCUGUCAAAAGAGAUAUUUAUCCAUUUUCUUCAUUAAUAAUUAUUGUUGUACA